AUGGCGGCAAAAAUCAAACAAAUUAGGCGUUUAUCUACUAUUGUCGCUAAUAGAAAUCCUAAUCGAAGGUUCCAUACAUUUAGAAGAUAUUUCGUAAUAUUUCGUCGUUCCACGCACCCUUAUGCUAGAAAUAUAUGUCGUAGAUGUGAACAAAGUGAUCAAUAUAUUAAUUUUUUAAGCAAUAAAAUUAAUAAUAUUGAAAAUUUGGUUAAAAAUCUUAGUAAUACUGUUAAAGCUACAAAUAUGAACUUUGACAAUCAUAAUAACCCCUCCGUAAACUCUGGAAAUUUUAAUUCUGAUGUUGAUAAUUUUUCAAAGAUGGAGAUUGAACAAUUAAUUACAUUUUCUACUCAAUUGGGAUGUCGAUUGUUUGGAAAACGUGAUACUGAUGAUAUCAAACAAGAAACCAAUAACAAAAAUAGUGAUAACGAAGUACCGAAAGAUAAUGAGGAAGAGCAAAAACCUUAA